CAGUAAUAGCACCACCACGACCAGUUCUCCGUGCCUUUAGCAGCCCUACCACCAUCAGUAAUACUAGGUAGCCCCAGUACACAGAAAAACUACAGUACUACCACACACAACUUACAAUUUUCCUUUUUUAUGUUUGUCACUAGAGGGAGACACUGUUUUAUUGGAUACGGACAUCGGACACGGUAUUUGUAGUUUGUCACUGUGAUUGGUGCAGCAGUGGUACCAGGACAGUAGUCACAUACGACAGUCGUGUUCUCUCCGCACUGACAAUGCUGGCACUGCUCUGAAACAGUCAACAUUCUACCACUUUUAGGUAAAACAACACAGACUUUGUCACAGGAAAACACUGUUUGGAGACUUUUCGUGAAAACUUUUGUGUAAAAAUUGAAAAAAGUGUAAUGUUUUGGAGAACUUGUUAAACUUUCUAACUUAGAUGAGUUAUUUCUGGACUGUGAAGAAAAGAAGUUUUGAAGUAAAAUUUGAGCAGUGUGAGUACCUACCAUUGACCUUAGGUUUAUGAAGCUGACUGAUUGGCAGAAGGGUGUUUGUAUUACCCUACAGACACAGGAGGAAGUAGACAGCAUACAGACCAGGGAUUAUAUAUAGGACUCCAACAUAUACCUACCAAUUGUGGAUACUCAAAAGGAUACCAUGAGGGGUGUGCAUUUGGAAGAACCGACAUCACCAAUAACAAAACAACUCAACGAGGACCUGGACGAAUUUGUCCGGCAACUCACACACCCAAAGGGAACUGUCGAUCGCUCACAAUCCAUCGACGUGUCAGCCCUAGACAAAUUAGGAAAAAUGAAAUUAGAAUCAUCACAGUCAUCUGGGAGGGAUGCAACAUCACAGAAUGUCAGACGGUCUGCUCCAGAAAUUGCAGAGAUAGAGGAGAAACAUAUAUGUGAGGCGGUAAACAAUCCUCGUAAAAGUUGGCGGAAACACAUUCUACAGAGACGCAAUGGAAAAAGCAUUUCAUCAGGAACAAACUCUACAGAUAUUGACGAGGCUGUGGAGAUUUCAUUUGGUUCAAAUGAUGAUGAGGGUCUAGAUGUCAAAGAAAUAUCUUUUGACAGUACAUCAUCAGGGCUUCGUGAUUCCAAAGUCUUAUUUCAUGGGGAUUCGACACCUGAAGAUUCCGACCAGGAGUCAACACCGACACAGGUUAGCAAAUCAUCCACACUUUAUGGACAAAAAUAUGUAAAAAAAGACAAGGACACGCAAGCAACAAAGGAAUCGAAAAGGCGCCGUUUUCGCCGCAUGAUAACACGCCCCUUACGGCGGAGUCAGAGUGCUGGGUGUGAGCAGGAUAUACCAGCCCAUGCUCUGUUCCUACAUCGUACAGACGAGGCAUCUCCUGAAAAAGACACCAUUGAAAGUCGAGCAGCCGACCUGUCCAUGUAUCAGAGACAGUUGUUUGGAGAUGUCGAUGCUGAUGCAGACAGCGCCAACGCCAACUUGCCACGUCGGCCAGUUCACAAAACCUGUUCAGCCGACGCAGCCAUGAUGGCAAAAGAAGACUUUGGUAUCGCCAGUCAGAACAACAAUUCACAGCCACGACCAAAAUCUCGGAACAUAGCUAAGAAUAUGAAAAGGAAAUUCCAGUUUUUACGACGCCGAAAUACAGACACCGCUUUAGUAGGUAGCCUGUUGUCGGUACACUCCCGACCAACGUCAGAUCAGGCCUCACAGUGGAGCCAUUCAUUUGACACGUUGCUAGGCGACAAAUAUGGAAUAGAGCUAUUCAAGGGAUUUCUACGAUCAGAAUUUAGCGAGGAGAACUUGGAGUUCUGGAUUGCUUGCCAAGACUUUAGAACUUGUAAAGACAGCAAGCUGAUGGUACAAGCACAGAAAAUCUAUGCGGACUUUAUCGCUUUCCAGGCUCCUAAAGAGGUAAACUUAGAUUCCAAAACCAGAAUGCAGGCUAUAUCCAACCUUGACACACCCUCUAGCGAAAUCUUUUUGGAAGCCCAGAAACGCAUCCAAGCAUUAAUGGAGAAAGACUCUUACCCUAGGUUCCUGGAAUCUGAUAUCUACCUGCAGCUUGUGAAUCUGUCAGACAGUACCAAAAGUUGAAUGUAUUGAUGGGCUAUCAGAAUGUCAAGGACCCUUUUAUUGAUGUUUUUCUUAUUGACAAUAUUUGUGAUAAAAACCUCUUGUCAAGCAGCUGUCAAAAUGGGAAAAACUGUGUGGAAAUUAUUUUAUGUGUUCUGUGUUUCAUGUAUAAAGGGACAUCAUUUCAUCUUCAGAGUAGGACUUCAACUAUCAUACAAAAAAACUGUCAGUAAAUUUCUCAGAUGGAAAUAUUUGAUUGUUUUUUGAGAGCUUGAUAAAUGUUUGCAAUAGGUUUAACUAGGACAUCAUUUCUGAGGACUGAGAGUUGGGUAAAUGUUACAAAGUUGAAAAGGACACUAUUCCUUAGGAAUUGACAGUUCGGUAAAUACAAAUUUUUUGACACUAUUCCAUAGGAAUUGACAGUUCGGUAAAUAUGAACUUUUUGACACUAUUCCUUAGGAAUUGACAGUUCGGUAAAUAUGAACUUUUUGAAACCAUUCCUUAGGAAUUGACAGUUUGGUAAAUAUGAACUUUUUGACACCAUUCCUUAGGAAUUGACAGUUCGGUAAAUAUGAACUUUUUGACACCAUUCCUUAGGAAUUGACAGUUCGGUAAAUAUGAACUUUUUGACACCAUUCCUUAGGAAUUGACAGUUCGGUAAAUAUGAACUUUUUGACACCAUUCCUUAGGAAUUGACAGUUCGGUAAAUAUGAACUUUUUGACACCAUUCCUUAGGAAUUGACAGUUCGGUAAAUAUGAACUUUUUGACACCAUUCCUUAGGAAUUGACAGUUCGGUAAAUAUGAACUUUUUGACACCAUUCCUUAGGAAUUGACAGUUCGGUAAAUAUGAACUUUUUGACACCAUUCCUGAGGAAAAGUAGAUUCAUCACUGUAAAACAUCAUCAAUGUAUUUAGCUUUUGUAAUUUUUAUACGAAGGGAAAAUAACACUGUCAAAUUGUCUGGUGAGUUUUUCUUAUGACUCCAAACAUUGUACAUUGGAGGUUUGAACUCGAUGGGACAUUAACAAAUCGGUAUCUGUGUGACACGUAAGCAGUAAAAGGAGAGCCUGUCAAUCAGAAGUAAGCCACUAUGGGUUGGUUGAUACUGGUACCUAUAUUGAUAUCAUAGAUCAUUGAAAUAACUUGUCUAUGAAACAAUGUGAUAGUUCUGAUGCUUGUUGAGGUGCAAUAUUACUGUAUUAUCUGCCCUUUGAUAACCUUGAUUGCACAUUAGUUUAAAAAGUCUUUUUGAACUGAUCUUGACUGAAGAAAGUUGAAUCAUCAUGGUUAAAUGGUGGGUUUGGUCUGUGCAAGUAUCAAACUGGAAAUUUUAUGAAUUGUAUUUGUCUUGCAAAAAUCAUGCUUUUUCAUACGGCAAUCUGCUUUGCACAUUUAUUUCGCAUUUUUCUACAAAGUCACAAUCUCACGAGAGACAUAAAUGUUUUUGCAAAAGACGGUGUGUUAUUGAUGUUUACUGUGUCACUCUGUGGAAGCCUUCUAGCACAAAAUCUCGUUACCAGGAAACCUUUGAUCACUUGUAAUAGUGACUGCACAGCAAACUUCCCUAUGGAGCUUCACUUAAUGAUCUUCCCAUGUUGUGGAAUAUUUCUCUGUUAUAAGAGAUUUGUAAAUUGUAAUAAAAUGCUUGAUCAUAGAUCUGAUCCUUUACAUAUGACACCUGGUGAAUAAUCCCCUCAACUAGAUGGCGUUCUUUUGUAUUGUGCAAUUUUUGGGAUAGUGAUAGUUUUUCAUCAAAUUCAACUUGAUAUUGUACAUGUUUGUAUUACUACAACUCGGAACAAAAUGUCAUACUUUAUUCAACAAUUUCAUAUAAAUUUUCAACAAUAAAAAGUUAAUAAUAAAUUU